CGUGGCGUCUUCUUCUCGCGCCAUGGCGACGUCCAAAGUGCACUGCGGAGACGCCGGCUCGGUUGCCGCAUCCGCCACCAGCUGGGUGCAGUCGUCCAAAGAGCUCUUGCAGGCGUACGCGGAUCCGGACGAGUCGCAUCUCUCGCUGCGCAGUGUCGUGCGGCGCGCCAUGGAGCGCGAGUACGUCCUCAUGCAGUUCAAGCGGUGCCAAGAGCAAGUGGGCAUGGACCCGAACCUGCUCUUCUUUGCAGAGCCGUACGAAGCCAAUUUUUUGCGAUUUCUCAACACGAUCAACGCCGUGCGCGUGCGCAUCACGUUCGCGAUCGGCGGCCUCGCAUCCGCUCUCCUCUUUUGGUACGAGGCGACGCGGCUCGACGCAUACGACGCCAGCCUCCAAGGCUUCUCGCCCACCCACGAGCGAGCGCUGUACAUUUUAACCUUUGGCGUUAUUGUGCCAACGUUCGGUCUCGGGUUUCUCAUCUCGUUUUGGCCCCGCGUCCGGCGCCAGCACCUCGAGCGCAUUGCGAUAUGCGUCUACUGGAUCGUGGCCAUGGCGUUCAUCACCAAGAAGUGGGUCCAAGCCGCGACCGGCCCCGUCUUGCCGCUCGUGAUCCUCUUCAUCCCGAUCUUCAACGUCACGCGCGUUCGGUUCGCGUACAACUGCGUGCUGGGCUGGAGCAUCGUCAUCACGUAUUUCAUCGUGCAGCUCACGCUCGGGCCCGACGUGACGUCGGCGAUUGUGUUUCAGUCGGUCAACUACUCGAUGGGCGUGAUUGCCGGCAUGGUGUCCAACUACCAGCGGGAAAUUCUCAAGCGGCGCAACUAUACACUGGGACUGCCCUUUCAAGGCGUCAUUAGCGACGCGUCGUCGCACAUCCACGACCCGCGGUAUCGAAAGGAGCAUCUGUGCUCUGCCAUGACGCAAGCGUUUCGCAGCGACGAGCUCGAACAGUAUUUCAUUCGGUACUGGUACCUCCUCGACGGCAGUCCGUAUGAGAACCCCAAGGCGGGCGUGCUGCACCUCAACGUCUACCGCGGCAUCCGCAACGCCACCAUCGGUAUCUUUCUCAACCAAAUCACGCUGAGUCUCCAAGACACCAUCAAUCUCAACGGCCAAGACAUCUACCCGUGGACAUUUCUCUUGCGGCAUGGCGGCGUCUGCACCUUGUAUGCGCUGCAGUACCGUCUUUUCUACUACUAUGGCCGGUUGUACGCCAACCUGUGGCGGAGCCAGCGCGAAGCGAAGCGCUCGGUAGUCCCGCCCACGUCGCAGAGAAAGUACACCGCGCCCCGCGACGACUCGCCGCCGUCGUCGCCUGCCAAAUCGAAUAUUUACGUUCAAACCAAAGCCGUCCUGGAUCGGACCAUGGACGGUCUGGAUGGCGGCAUGCAAAAAGCACAGCAAAUGACGACGCUCAUCACAAGUCAAGUCCAGCAAGUCGUCCACGAGAAGCGAGGAUACACACACUCGGCGCAGCGCACGACGCUCCUCGUGCUGGCCGUGCACAUUAGCGUCAACGGUGGUAUCUUUUUCUGGAUUGCGACCACGAUUGGCGCCAAGUCGGUCUACUUGAUGGGCUUUCUCAACGCUCUUCUAUCGGGGCACCGGUCCGGUUUUCGUCUCCGGUUUGUCUACUCGAGCUCGGGAACGUGUGCGCUCAGCAUCGCCUUCCUGUACCUUCUCAAAAGGCUUGUCUACGAGCGCUUCACCGAGUACAUGUCGUACGUCCUCGUCGUCCAAUUGCUCGGCAUGAUUAUCUCGUACGAGGAAGAAAACCUGCGCCGCUCGUUUUUCAUCAAGAAGACGCUGCGACUGCUCGAAUUCCAGUCGUGGUGCCGCGACACGAUUCUGCUUCCGAUCUGGAUCCGCAACAAGCUCCGCGAGAAGGCCUCGUCGGCGAAAGCACGCGUGAGCUCCAAGCACGCUGCGGCGACAUCAACGAGUCCCAGCGUGAGCGGCGAACCCAACCACAAACUCAAUUUGCGAACGUCGUUGGCAGUCCUGAAAACGGUGGUCGCCAACCCGAUGCAAACGGUCGCGGGGCUCAAGACUGUCGUGGCCCAUCCGAUACAGACCGCGGCCGCGCUGCCGUCGGCGCUGCCCACGAUGGGACUCUUCAACGUGGACUGGCGCAUCGACCUGCGCGAGCUCCAGCAACACCUCAACAAAGAGAACGACGUUGUCACGAGCGCGUCCGCUCGAUACAGCAAAGCCAGCCUUUACGGCGUCUACGCCAACUCGGUCAACGUCCUCAUCGCGACGGGCCAAGUCAUUUUCUUCUUUGCCCGGCAAUGAGACCCGCCGGCGACGAUACGAGCUUCGAGGCCCCGAAUAUGUUUAAUAUCCCA